AUGGCAUCAUCACCUGAAAUAACGAUCUUUUUCCUGCGAACUUUGAUUGCUAUCGAUUAUGAGGUAGUUGAUCGAGAGAUUCGGCGUACCAAACAGGCGGAAAGCAAUGAUUUGAAGACUCGAGGACUUUGUUUGGAUGUCAUUGCUUGUUACAUCGAUUGGAUUGAUUUGGAACUUGUUGUAAACAAUACUACUACCCCAUUUAUUAUUAAUUGUCUAAAAAAUGAAUAUACUUGUGAAUCAGCAGUAUCAGCUAUCAGUGCAAUGGUCACGAAAGGCAUGGAUGCCGAAAAGAAGCUUUUACUGACUGCAUCGUUGUGUACUGUUUUGCAUGAGAACGGAUCAUUUGAUAUGAAAGAAAAUGAUAUCGAUGAUGUUUUGAGAACUGGAGCUCUCAUAAGCUCAUUAGGCUGUGCUUUGAUCGAUUGUCAUACAUGCUUUAAAAAAGUUGGUAAUAUGGAAAAAUCUGUGCAGUGUGAAGUGCUUCUCCAAGAACAGGCUGACAUCGCUUUAUUAUGCUUUUCUAAUGAGAACAUGGAUGCAUCUGAAACUGUUAUCGAAUUUCUGCGGCGUUAUGUAUGUGUUCUUAAAACCCAGGAAUUUGAGAAACGUCACAAUUUCACCAGUAGAAUGAUUUGUAUAGCCAUGGAUAGGUACAGAGCAUCAAGUGAUGUUGAUUUGAGUAAUACGGAUGGUGAGGUUGUGGCUGAAUUCAUGGCAUAUAGAAGGCAACUUCGAAAUAUAUUGUCAGCAGUUGGAAAUUUUGAACCGGAGUCAAUAUUGAUGAAACUGGAGCCAUCUGUGCGAAAUGUAUGUGAAAACUGGAGGCAGUGCCACAUGAAUGUUAUUGAAGCUACCUUAGCACUAGUGUAUGAUCUUGCCGACUUCAUACAUACAAAUUUUGGAAGUAAUAGUAGUUUGAUUUCUGAGCGUGCAAGAAAAUUGGCGAUACAGAUUCUACAAAGUACAAUAAAUCAUUGUGGAUUACCUUAUAUUAAUACAUUAUUCUUCGAAAUUGCUUGUCGUUAUGAAAAGAUCCUGCAAAAUAAUACCGGUUCACUGCUGAUGAUACUGGAAGCAUUUCUGGACACGCACGGUCUUCGCCAGACUUCGUUGCAGUCAAGAAGUCGCAUUAUAUACUUAUUUUGUCGUUUUGUAAAAGCACACAAGUUUUUCUUAGGUAAUCAAGCUGAAAAUAUUCUUGCACAGUUGGAGUCAUUUUUCACAGUAACAUCGGAAGAAGAUUAUCAACUCUCGAAAGAAGAUCAGAUGUACCUAUAUGAAUCUACGUCAGUGCUAAUUAUUCACAGCAAUCUACCUGUUGAAAGGAAACAAGAAUGUAUCAAAGUCCUCGGUUUUUCAUUGCUCCAAAAAUUCUCACGCAUAACGGAAAGGUUAUCACGAACAAAGAAUGUGGAUGAAAUACAGCAACUUCAUCAGCGAUGUGCUGAUAUUAUUGGUUACAGCGCGCGUAUUACUAAAGCAUUUACAAAUAACUACACCAUGCAAUGCUGUCAGUGCACUGUCAUUUUUAAUGAAUUGAUGAAAGUACGUUCGUCAUCUGCUUGUCUUGUUUUUCUGGAUAAAAUAACUCCAGAUAAUGUGGAGGGGCUGGAUGCAUUACGGCAGUACCUUCAUCGGAUGGUCACUUGUCUUGACGGUGAAAUACUAGCUAUGUUACCAGCCAUUUGCAACAAGUAUCUUGACGUUGGCCCAAAUCUUAAAGUGGUGCAUGAUUUUCUUAUUUUAUUGCAGCAAAUUUUCGGCAAGUUCAAGAAACGUCUUUUGGAAAUUGGCUUGAAUAUUCCCGCCUUGUUUGAUAUUUUAUGGAGCGCACAAAGAAUAGCAUUCGACACAUCCAAUGAGAGCUGUGUUAGGGACAUGAUUUAUUAUAACCGAGCUUUUCUGCAAACAAUCUUGAGCAUCUUGACACACGACCUAAUUGUUAUGUUGACAGACUGCGGUACCGAAUUUCUCCACAAAGUAGCAAAUUCACUCGUUUCUUUCAUGAGUUUAAACGAUGUACCAACACAACGGACUACAUUUCAAAUUAUUAACAAAUUAUUUCUAAAGCUGUCGAACGAUGGGUCAGCAGCAACUUUCAUCGAGUUUUUAUGGGAGAAGGCGGUUUAUGGAGCGCUUCAGACUCCACUUAGUGGAUAUCAUGACCUUACAGAUGCUCAAUGUGUUUUGCUCCAGCACGAAAUUUAUGUAUGUUUACAAACUCUACGAUCUUAUUCUUUGGAAAGGUUUGACCAGUAUUUACAGUUGUUUCUCCCUGCAGAUUUUGCCCGAAAUUUUUGCCAAUGUAUAUCUAGUUAUAAGGGUAAACAAUUGGAAAAAGCGUUGGACAUGCAGUAUGCUCAGCUGAAGUUAAUGAAAGCAGAAGGAAUUGCAUCAUGA